AUGUAUCCCUUCGGACUCUGGUGUUGGCAGUUGCACUUCUUCCCUCAGCUGGGGCUCAGUCACCCGGGGCCCAAAGAGGGGAGAGGUCGCUUCGGCCAAGUUUUCCACGGGCGCUGGCAUGGCGAGGUGGCCAUACGCCUCAUUGACAUUGAGCGUGACAAUGAGGACCAGCUCAAGGCCUUCAAGAGGGAGGUGAUGGCCUACCGAAACACUCGGCACGAGAAUGUGGUCCUCUUCAUGGGCGCCUGCAUGAGCCCUCCACACCUGGCCAUCAUCACCAGCUUGUGUAAGGGAAGGACUCUAUAUUCGGUGGUGAGGGAUGCCAAAGUCAUCCUGGAUGUCAACAAGACCAGACAGAUCGCCCAGGAGAUGGUUAAGGGGAUGGGCUAUCUCCAUGCCAAGGGGAUCCUACACAAGGAUAUGAAGUCCAAGAAUGUCUUCUACGACAAUGGCAAAGUGGUCAUCACCGACUUCGGGCUUUUCACCAUAUCUGGGGUUCUGCAAGCUGGCAGCCGUAGAGAGGACAAACUGAGAAUCCCCAGUGGAUGGCUUUGUCACCUGGCCCCUGAAAUAGUCUCUCAGCUCUCCCCUGAAACAGAGGAGGACAAGCUGCCUUUCUCCAAACAGUCAGAUGUCUUUGCUUUCGGCACUAUCUGGUAUGAGUUGCAUGCACGUGAGUGGCCUUACAAGAACCAGCCAGCAGAGGUUAUCAUCUGGCAGGUGGGCAGUGGGAUGAAGCCCAACCUCACACAGAUCGGCAUGGGCAAAGAGAUAUCGGACAUCCUGCUCUUUUGCUGGGCAUUCGAGCAGGAUGAAAGGCCCAGCUUCUCCAAGCUGGUGGAUCUGCUGGAAAAGUUGCCAAAACGGAACCGUCGCCUUUCCCACCCAGGGCACUUCUGGAAGUCAGCUGAGUAUGUCAAAUGA